AAUAUUAUAAUUUCAUGUUCAGUUGAUGGUUUGAUUUGUUUUCUAAUAUUUUUGAUUGUAUUCAAUCAUUCAAUUAGUGAACUAUCAAAAUGAGUGAUAUCGAAAAAAGUGUUACUGAAGUGACCAAACCAAUUGAAUCAGUUAAUUAUUGGAUAUUAAUGUUUAAUACACUGAAGUUACUAGGUGAUCAUCAUUAUAGAAUUGUGGUACCGAAUGGGUAGCAUGCACAAUUUUCCACGUGCGGCAACGUAUGUUACCAAUUAAGUUAACACGAGCAAAGAUUAAAUUAUAAAAUCAUUAUUUCAUUUAUUAUAAUCAACGCAGCAGUUCGUUAGUAAUCAAAAGCAAAAGUUAACGAGCUGAAAAUCACGUGAGUUGAAUAAAUUUAAAAGUAAUUGGUAAAAAAUCCCUUGUCAUAAACAUUUUUGGCAUGAUAAUACCACUAAAUUGUUCGACUGUAGCAAACGAACCACCUAAAUUGGUUCCUAAUUGAACGCGUUUGAAUGUUCAGGCCCUGACACUAAACUACAGAAGGUGCAAGUGACCUACGUGUUAUGCUUGUCGAUUUAAAUAAUUCGUCGUUUCAUUAAGGAAGCCACUUUUAUUUGACAUUGCGUUUGUCCUAUGUCUUUGGCGAAAUGGAUUCGAUAAGGUUGAACUCUUUCAAAACCAAUGCCAAUGUUUAAAUAGUUUAAAUUGUUUUUAUUUGCAGAAAAAUUGAUUGGGGUGCGGCACCUCCAAUUUUUCAUGAUGUUUUUGGCUGCCAUUAUCAGUUAUGGGAUGCGUACUAAUUUAUCCGAAGGAAUCGUUGCAAUGACUGCUGAGGAAAAAGAUAGACCUGACCCCGAUAUACCCACUUAUCCAGAAUGGUUGCAGUACAAGAACACUAUGCUCUCGUCGUUUUUCUGGGGUUACAUAUGUCUGCAAGUCGUUGCAGGUCAGAUUGCCAAAAAGUAUGGACCAAAAUGGUUCUUGUGUGGGGCUCUAUGCGUCACUUCUUUGUUUAGCUUUUUAAUGCCCGUCAUGGGUGAAAAAAUCGGCUACGGGGGUAUAAUAAUUUGUAGAGUUUUCCAAGGUCUUGCGCAAGGUUUUCUAUUUCCAUCGUUUCACCACUUGCUCAGCGUUUGGACGCCACAUUCUGAACGUUCAAAAGUUAUUACUUUUGUUUACGCAGGUGGACCUUUGGGUAAUGUGAUCGCUCUUCCUCUCACUGGAUACAUAGCUGAUUCCAAACUGGGAUGGCCUUUAGCGUUUUAUCUGUAUGGAACUGUAGGUUUACUUUGGGCUGUGAUGUGGUUCUUCCUGGGAUCCAAUUCUCCGUCCGAAAAUAAGUUGAUGUCUGACGAAGAAAGGAAGUUUAUUCAAUCUGAAACUGCUGGAGAUGAUCAUAGUAAAGUACCCACACCAUGGAAAGCAGUAUUCACCUCACUACCAGUUUGGGCAAUUGUAGUCGUCCAUUGUGGACAAAACUGGGGAUUCUGGACAUUACUGACUGAAACACCAAGCUACAUGAACCAAAUUUUAAAAUUCAAUUUGAAAGAGAAUGCAAUGAUGUCAGCACUUCCGUAUUUGGUUUUGUGGCUUCUGAGCUUUAUCGUGAGUCCAAUAUGUGAUUAUAUUAUAACUAGAAAGGUGACCUCAACUGGAAUUACUAGGAAAAUCUUUAACACAAUAGGUUUCUAUUUGCCUGCAUGCGCCCUAAUUGGUCUCAGCUUCAUUGGAGAGUCCCACCACAAGUUGGCAGUUGCUCUUUUGGUUGUAGCUGUGGGUGUUAAUUCCGCAACCUAUUGCGGGUUUCACGUCAACCACAUUGAUAUAUCACCAAUUCAUUCUGGUACUCUUAUGGGUAUCACCAAUAGUAUUUCCAAUAUUUGUUCAAUUUUAGCUCCCUUAGCUGUCGAUGUUGUUAAAUCAUUUGGUUAUGAGGAGUCUAAUAAGGAACUUUGGUCGAUUGUUUUCUGUUUGGCAGCCGGAGUAUACGUAUGUACGGGAAUGUUCUACAUUUUAUUCGCUUCUGGUGAAGUUCAGGAAUGGAACGAUCCAAGUUAUUUGAACAAGCCCUGUAAAAACAUCGAUGAUGGGGAAAAACAAAUAGAGUUGUCAAAGAUCUGAUAUAUUAGUUAUUGUUAUUGUUACGCAUUGAUAUUAUUUAUUUCUACUUAAUAUUAGUACUAUAUUGUAUUUAUUUAUAUUAAAUAAACGUUAAUUAAGUUAUAUAAUUUAAUAAUCAUUAAUUAAAUAAAUAUAUCUUCUUA